AUGACCCUCUUCACUAAACGAAUCAGAGAAGAUGUAAUGCUGGUUCAAAUCUACGUUGACGAUAUCAUUUUUGGGUCAACCAACGAGGAGCUGUGUAGAGAACUCGAGAUCGUCAUGAAGGCAAAGUUUGAAAUGAGCAUGAUGGGAGAGCUAACGUUCUUCUUAGAGUUAGAAGUGAAGCAAAAAGAGGAUGGGAUUCUCAUUCAUCAGGCCAAGUACAUUCGGGAUAUUCUCACGAAGGACAACAUGAACGAUUGUAAAGUUGCCAGCACCCCGUUUGCCUCUCAGACGGAGCUUACUCUAGACCCUCAAGGAAAACUAGUGAACAAGUCCUUUUAUCGCUCCAUGAUCGGCUCUCUGAUGUACUUAACUGCUAGCAGGCCUGACAUUAUGUGGGCUAUCUGUCUCUGUGCUCGCUUUCAGACAAAUCCCAAAGAAUCACAUGAAACUGCUGUGAAACGCAUCUUCCGCUAUCUCAAAGGAACUCCGAAACUAGGUCUUUGGAUGUAA